AUGCGGCCCAUUCCUGCGAUUCGAUCCCCAGCACUCACCGCUCCUUACGCGGCCUUGGAAGAGAAGCUGCAGGCUGCCGCCGCCGAUCACAUUUUGACCGCUUGUUCGCUCGGCUUGUUGAGGUCGUUGUACCGCUUGAGUGAGCUCUUGGUCACGGUCAUGAUCACCGUCACCAUCAUGCGCGUUAUACACCAGGACGUGCCACACGUACGCAAGUGGCUGCAGAUCGCAGAUCUCGACAUCAUCGCAUACAUCUCCCUGGUAGUGCGCAUGUUCCCGUCCGUCUCGCGGCUCUCGUCGAGCACCGAGCCUAAACCCGCGUUCUCCACAAGUGAGUUCCCGACCAGCACGAUGGCGGUGCGCGAGAAAUGA